GCAGACGGACUAACGCCGUAAGCUAACAUUACAGCCUGAUGGUUUGACAACAUUUAUAGCGAUUUCUCCCAGAAAGACAACAAACAUGUGAUAUUUUGCUGUUUACCCAGCACCGUGUUCGCCGCAGACUCUUUCGUUACAUUUGCAGUUUGUUUUAUCGGUGACAUCAAGUUGAAUAGAGAAGAAAAAAAGACUCGGUUGAUUCUUAUUAUUGUUAUUGUGCGUUUGUAGCUGAACUGUCUUUUUGCUAGUUGUCUCUGUACGGACAUGUAGCUGAGCUGGAGUUUUCUCACACCUAUCUUCACACUUUUCCAUGUCUAACUGUGCAAUUUCUCCUCCGUUCGUGCACCGAGCUCACGCACCCUGCCAGGCCUUAAUGUUUGUUUGUUUUCUCUGAAGCGUUAGCAGGAUUUUUUGUUUUUUGUGCUUCGGUUUAAAGGUUACAGUGAGUUUAGAGGGAGCACACACGUCUCGUUAUAAUAAUGAGUUUCUUCAGUUUCGGUCAAAGUGCAGAAAUCGAUGUGGUCUUAAAUGACGCCGAGACGAGGAAAAAGGCUGAACACAAGACCGAAGAUGGAAAGAAGGAUAAGUACUUUCUUUUCUACGAUGGGGAAACUGUCAGUGGGAAGGUGAAUGUCACACUGAAGACUCCUGGGAAGAGGCUGGAGCACCAGGGCAUCAAGAUCGAGUUCGUGGGCCAAAUAGAGCUGUAUUACGACAGAGGAAACCACCAUGAAUUUGUUUCCCUGGUGAAAGAUCUUGCGAGACCUGGUGAAAUAACCCAAUCACAGACCUUUGACUUCGAGUUCACUCACGUUGAGAAACCAUAUGAGUCCUACACAGGCCAGAAUGUCAAACUAAGAUAUUUCCUUCGUGCCACUGUGAUAAGAAGACUAAAUGACAUAAGUAAAGAAAUGGACAUUGUGGUGCACACACUCAGCACCUACCCUGAACUCAACUCCUCCAUUAAGAUGGAAGUGGGAAUAGAGGACUGCCUUCAUAUUGAGUUUGAAUACAACAAAUCCAAAUACCAUCUGAAAGAUGUGAUUGUGGGAAAAAUCUACUUCUUGCUGGUGAGGAUUAAGAUUAAGCACAUGGAGAUCGACAUCAUCAAACGAGAGACAACAGGCACCGGCCCGAGUGUAUAUCAUGAAAACGACACUAUCGCCAAGUAUGAGAUCAUGGAUGGCGCUCCGGUCAGGGGAGAGUCCAUUCCUAUCAGAUUAUUUCUGGCCGGCUACGAUCUGACGCCCACCAUGCGCGACAUCAACAAGAAGUUCUCUGUGCGCUACUACCUGAACUUGGUGCUGAUCGACGAGGAGGAGAGACGCUACUUCAAACAGCAGGAGAUCACCCUGUGGAGGAAAGGCGACGUGGUGAGGAAGAGCAUGUCGCACCAGGCCGCCAUCGCCUCCCAGAGGUUCGAGGGCUCGGCCGCGUCGGAGAGCGCGCUGGAGCAGGCCGCCAAGGAGGAGAGCGGGUAGAGCCGCCUCCACGGCCCUCCGCCUCCCAGACUGGUCCGCCUGCUCCCGUCCAGCCGGUCACCCCUGGACGGGCGGCCGUCCACACUGCAGCCAGGGAGAAGGCAGACUGGACGGACGCUCAAACUGUGUGUCAACUACAAAAGCAGACGUUUGCAUGAGGCAUUCAGAGCGGCUUCCGGCUGCUGGUCUUGUCCUUCCUCAUUCUCACAUUUAGUUCUUCUUUGCGGGAAUCAAACUAAUCACCUGUUGCCAUGUCCGCGCAGUAAAAAUCAUCUAAAUCUCUUGAAUUUUUAAAAACUUGUGUUUGUUACUUAACACUUUUUUCUGGGAUCGAUUGAUUUCUAAUCUCUCUUAAGUUUUGCUAAUGAAUUUCAAGGUGUAUCUCUGACAUUCCACAUCUAACAAACGCAUUCCUAACAGAAAUCCCAGAUAACUUUGCACUGCUUUUAUCUUGCUGAACUUUUUUUUCUCUCUGUUUGUCCGUCUGUGUGUGCUUGCACAAAGAAAAAGGAAAAAAAAGAAAAAGUGGCGGAAGCGGAAACUGGAAUCUCUCGUCCGCACUCGGGCGAGGGGGCUAAAGUAUUAACCCACGUGUGUGUUUUUGUUUUGGAAGUGUGUAAAUAAGAGCAGCUCGUUCAGCUCGUGUCCAUCGGUCGUCCGGUACACAGGUCCACGGUCAUCUGCUUUACCUCGGCAUUCCAGUGGUGUUAGGAACGGCUGUCAGCGUCUGUGUUCCGGUCCGAUCGGACCCGGUCUUCUGUAUUCUUUUCAUUAGAGACUUAAAAGUUGUGCCUACGUGUAUCAAGCAAAUGAAAUCCUCCUGCCUCUAACAUAAUUUUAGUCUUUUAACCAGACAAAGAAUUACAGUAGAACUAUCUAUCUUUUGCAAAAUGCUAAUAAUUAAUCUUUGUCCCCAAAAUGUCAAAUAAAUUGAUGCCAAAUGG